AAAUCCGAAAAUGAAUUUAUUGAAAUAUCUCAUACGGUAGCACUUUGUGCUUUGGAUAUAAUUUGUGAAACUGUUUUCGAUGUAAAGCUUAAAACUCUAGGAAAUAAUGAAUCAAAAUAUGCUAAAUCCGUUAAAAGGAUGAGUGAAAUUCUUUUGAACAGAAUAUAUUCAUUUUGGCUGUGGCCAGAAGUCAUAUUUUGGAAUACACCAUUCAGCAAAGAAGCCAAAGUUCACCUUAAAUUCAUGAGAGAAUUCACAGAAAAGGUAAUUCGUGAGAAGAAAGAACGCUAUUUAUCUCUUGGACCUGAAACUGACAAAGGAAAGCGCCAAGCAUUAUUAGACGUACUUCUGCAUUUGCACUUAGUUGACCAUGAAUUAACAGAAGAAGACGUCAAACAUGAAGUAGACACAUUUGCUUUAGGGGGCCAUGAUACAGCGGCAGUUACUGUUUCCUGGGCACUCUACCUGAUUGGUCUUUACCCUGAUAUCCAAGCAAAAGUUGACGAAGAACUCGAUAGGAUUUUUGGCGAAAAUAUUGAUAAAGAUAUUACUGAAAAUGAUUUGAAUGAUCUUUAUUAUCUGGAUUGUGUCAUAAAGGAGACACUUAGAUUGUAUCCUGCUGUACCAAUGUUCGGAAGACACGUCGAAGAAGAUACCACCAUUUGUGGAUAUACCAUACCCAAAGGAGCGUCAUGCUUUGUCUUAAGUUACUUUUUACACAGAGACGAAGAUGUAUUUCCCGAUCCAGAAAAAUUUGAUCCAGAUCGUUUUUCACCAGAAAAUUUAAUAAAAAUACCUGAAUUUGCAUAUGUUCCUUUUUCUGCUGGUCCAAGAAAUUGCAUUGGAUACAGAUUAGCAAUGAUGGAAAUUAAGAUACUUCUUGCAACUAUCUUGAAAAAUUUUACCAUUGAAUCAUUAGAAGAAAGGCAUAAAGUUUUACCAGUAAUGCAAGUUGCGUUACAUCCCUCAUCACCAGUUUAUGUUAAAUUUAGACCACGAUCCAAGAAAGUGAUUUGA